GGCGUCGGUCGUCAACUGCGGUUAAGAGUGGUAAUAACUUGGAAAUGUAAUAAUAAUGGCGAGAGAUAAGACGGCCUGGACGGAAGGGAUUCAACAAGGGAGGGGAACGUGGAGAUUCUCGUCCAGUCUGUGCGUCUUUCUUAUGCUGUGGUUUUAUGCCAAUGGCCUCACGAUCCCCCACGGAGAAAGCAAAUGGUUUCAUGCACCCCAACACCGGUGAUUCCUGUUCCGGCAGCGAUGGAGCAGAGUUCCUUGGUAUC